UUAUUGUAGAUGGUAAAGAAGGCGCUGAAGAUGUAUUUAGAAAUCCUGCAUAUCGACGAAUGAUAACGUGGCUUUUACGUACUUACUUAAAUACGUCUCAAAGUUGUGAAUUUACAUACACAUAACUAUAAUUAUUAUAUUUAUUAAUACGUUGUUGUUUCGUUUUCUGUAAAAGCAAUUCCUGGUCCAUCAGAUAUAUAUGUAGUUAGUUAUCUACAAUAAUUACAAGAAAAACUCUUUUAUUACUAUGUCCGAGUUUAAUUCGUCCUAAAUAUCAAUUACUAAAAGGAAAGGAGGGUUAUCAGCGAGAUAAUGCGCGGUAUCGGCAGCUAUAACAAAGCUUGUUGAUCCAUUUAUAAUCUUAGUGUUCCUAUCACAUUUUACAAUAAUCGUUGUGCUGUUAUUUUUAACUGUUGUUAAAACUUUAUUUAAGGAUAAAAUGCCAGUCCGACCUUUGUCUCCCGAGCUGCAAGAAAAGGCUCGCGUAGAGCUAGGAGAAGACCCGCAGCGGCUUCAAGAUGGAAUACAACACCUCAAGGAAUGGCUGGCCAAGCAGCCUCACCUUAAUGCUAGGACAGAUGACCAAUGGUUAGCAGCAUUUCUGCGCGGAUCUAAGUUCAGUCUAGAACGGGCCAAAGAGAAAUUGGAUCUACACUAUUCAGUCAGGACAAUUGCUCCUGAGCUAUUCAGACUUCAUCACAGGGAUCCGAAAUUCAAAGAAAUUCUCAAAACUGGCACGUUUGCCAUUAUACCGAAAUUAGCAAGUCCAACGGCGCCUAGAGUUUUCAUAAUGAGACCUGGUCAUUAUGAUCCUAACAAGAUAUCUAUCCUUGACAUUAUGUCAACGAUUAGUGUUAUCGUGAAGAUUGCAUACAUGGAAGACGAUUCAUACAUGGUAUCUGGUGCAGUUAGCGUUAUAGAUUUAGAGGGAUCUACGAUGGCUCACUUUGGGCAGAUGACGCCCUCACUCAUGAAGAAGAUGACUGUUGCCAACCAGGAUGCGGUUCCUGCUCGAAUUAAGGGAGGUCAUUAUCUGAACACUCCAUCCUUCUUCGAAUCGGUAUUAAACAUAAUGAAAUCUUUUAUGAAUGAAAAACUCAAGCAAAGAAUACAUGUCCACAAUAAAGAUUAUGAAGGAUUGUAUAAACACGUACCAAAAGAAAUACUACCAGCGGAAUAUGGAGGCAACAGCGGAACAUUCCAAGAAAUAAACGAAUAUUGGAUAAAGAAGGUCGAGGAGUACGGCGCCUGGUUAGAUGAAGACCUGCAGUAUGGAUCGGACGAGAGCAAGCGGCCCGGCAAGCCGAACACGGCCGAGGACAUGUUCGGAGUCGAGGGUUCCUUUAGACAACUGCAGUUUGACUUCGUAGUUUUUUGUCAUUAUUACACGAAGAUGAUUCGUGAACUGCCCCCCAAUUUAGCUAAGAUAGCUAAAGACGAGUUGAGUGAAAAUCCAAAAAGGUUACAAGAAGAUGUGCAACACUUGAAGGAGUGGAUUACAAAGCAGCCACAUUUGAAGGCUCGGACGGAUGAUCAGUGGUUGGUAGCAGUCCUGAGAGGCUGCAAAUUCAGUCUGGAACGAGUUAAGAAGAAAUUGGAUUUAUAUUACACGUUGAGAACAACAGCACCUGAUGUGACUCUUCGCCUAAAGCCCACUGAAAAUAAGUUUCUGGAGUUUCUCCGACUUGGAACUGUUGUCAUCCUUCCCGAGGCGAUUCAAAAGUUGUCGCCUCGCAUUAUACUCAUCCGCCCAGGCUCCUACCACCCUAACACACAUAAUGUAGCCGACAUCAUGUGUAUCUUGAUUUAUUUGGUGCAAAUUGUGGUCGUUGAAAGCGAUGCGGCGACAGUCAUGGGAACGAAGAUCGUGGUAGAUUACCAAGGAGUCACAAUGGCUCACUUGGCACAGGCCAACCCGACAUUACUCAAGAAAAUAGUAGCUGUUAGCCAAGAAUCAAUGCCUCUACGGUUAAAAGGCAGCCAUCACGUGAACUUGCCCGCUGGCAUUGAAGCCAUUUUUCAAUUAAUCAAAGGACUUCUAAAUGCAAAAGCUAGAGACAGGUUGAAGAUACACAAAAAAUACGAAGAAUUAAGGGAAUUCGUACCACAAGAAUCAUUACCAAUAGAAUACGGAGGCAAUGGCGGAAGUAUUGCGGAAAUAACAGAAAAAUGGGUGAACAAAAUGGUAGAAUACAAGUCAUGGAUGCAGCAGGAAGAGACCCUCGGCACAGACGAGUCGCGACGCGCCGGAGAGCCGCGCACGGCCGAGGAGAUGUUCGGCGCGGACGGCUCCUUUAGAAAACUCGACAUUGAUUGAAUUUUCCCAGUUAUAGUUUAUUUGAAAAUGUAUAUUGGAGGUCAUAUAUGCACGCAGGAAAAUAAGAUUACAAAAGUUAAUGAAUUGAAAAAAAAAGGCUAUAUUAAAUAAAUACAGAAUGUUUGGAUUACAUAUAAAUAAUUAAAUUUUACCUUUCACAUAAGACUUAAUUUUAGUUUCUUGUUCUAUCUGAAAAAAAUAUGAUCUAUCGAGCGCACAUUAAAGUGAUUUUCAUUAAAAUUAACUGCUUUAUACAAUAUCAACAAAUAUUUUAAAAACAGUAAAAUAUAAAACAGUAACGUGUG